GUUGCUGCGCAGACCCAGCCGGAAGCCGGCGCCUGAGAGGAGAGGAGAGGAGACCCGGGGCGGACAGUGGGAAGAGAGGAAACUGCUGCACCUGCUUCCCGGCGAAGAGGCUCUUCAGGUCGCAGCGGCGUCGGACUCGAAGCUGCUGUCUCUGCCGCCUAACUCUGGGCUCACUGACGCCACUGACAGCUCUCUGCUGUGGCCUGGGAAAGCAGUAGAAGAUGGCCCAAGUGCUUGGAUCCCUGCAUGCCGAUGGGAGACCCGAAAGAAGCUCCUGGCUCUGGAUUGGCCCAGGGAACAUGAGCCGGCUGCACAACUCCAUAGAGCCGCGCGUGAUGGACGACGAGAUGCUGAAGCUGGCCGUGAGCGAGCAGGGGCCUCGCGAGGAGGCCGGGCAGCUGGCCAAACAGGAGGGCAUCCUCUUCAAAGAUGUCCUGACCCUGCGGCUGGACUUCCAGAACAUCCUGCACAUUGACAACCUCUGGCAGUUCGAGAACCUGCGCAAGCUGCAGCUGGACAACAACAUCAUCGAGAGGAUCGAGGGCCUGGAAAACCUCGUCCACCUGGUCUGGCUGGAUCUGUCCUUCAACAACAUCGAGGUCAUCAAGGGCCUGGACAGCCUGGUGAACCUGGAGGACCUGAGCUUGUUCAACAACCGGAUCUCCAGGAUCGACUCCCUGGACGCGCUGGGCAAGCUGCAGGUGCUGUCGCUGGGCAACAACCAGAUCGACAACAUAAUGAAUGGAGAAGGCGGGGGUGUGUUUCCAGGCAGCCAGGACGGAGCGUCCUCUCCUCCCCAGCUCGUCUACCUGCGGCGGUUCAAGUGCCUGCGCACGCUCAGCCUCGCCGGGAACCCCAUCGCCCAAGCGGAGGACUACAAGAUGUUCAUCUACGCCUACCUGCCCGACCUCGUGUACCUGGACUUCCGGCGCAUCGGUGACCACAUGAAAGAACUCGCAGAGGCAAAGCACCAGUACAGCACGGACGAGCUGAAACACCGGGAGCACCUGGCGCAGGCCCGGCUGGAGGCCGAGCAGGCCCAGCGCGCGGAGCUGGAGGCGCACAAGGCUGCCUUCGUGGACCGCCUGAACGACUCCUUCCUGUUUGACAGCAUGUACGCUGAAGAUGUGGAAGGCAACAAGCUGUCCUACCUGCCCGGCGUCGGGGAGCUGCUGGAGACCUACAAGGACAAAUUUGUCACCAUCUGCGUGAACAUUUUCGAGUACGGCCUGAAACAGCAGGAAAAGCGGAAGAUCGAGCUGGACACGUUUACUGAGUGCAUCCAGGAGGCGAUCCAGGAGAACCAGGAGCAGGGCAAACUCAAGAUCGCCCAGUUCGAGGAGAAGCACUCGCUGAGCCUAAGCAACAUCCGCGAGGCAUCAGAGCUGCCCACCGCGGAGAGGAUCGCGGAGUGCGACCAGGACAUCACCGAGCUGUUCAACGCGCUCAUGACCCUGGAGAUGCAGCUGGCGGAGCAGCUGGAGGAGACCAUAAGCAUGUUUGAGAGGAACAUUGUCGACCUGGUGGGGCUCUUCAUUGAGAACGUGCAAAGCCUAUAUCCUAGCUGCUGCGGCCCAGGGGGCACAGGGCAGCCCCGGCCAGCUGUCCUGGGACCUUUGCUUGACUCCCGGCGGGACGAUGGCGCAGUGUCGGGACCUGGAGAACCACCACCAUGAGAAGCUGCUGGAGAUCUCCAUCAACACCCUGGAGAAGAUGGUCAAGGGCGAGCCGGACGAGGACCUGCCCGAUGACGUGUGAGCAGUGAGUGCGGCCGCGGGGGAGGGCCCCCCCAAGACAGGAAGCCCGCAGCAGGUGCCCGGUGGGGGCGCCGUCAGCCAAGGAGGGCGCGAGGAGGGGGUGGCGUCAGUUUUCCAGCAGGCCGGGGCUUCUGGAACUUUCUACAAGACACCACUACAAACGUGUCGCGUCUGAGGUGGCCCCCGCGUGCAGGUCGUCUUACUUUUAGCAGCACGGUUCCUGAUGCAACGGGACGUUCUCCCGCUUCCCACCGGCCCGGUCCAGGGAUGGACGUGGGCAGGAAGCAAGAGGCAGCCCAGGCUCCCCGCUCCUUGCCUGGGGCCUGUGCAUGGGCGGGCCCAAGCGCAGCCACAGCCCUGGCCUGUGUGUGUGUUUGGGACAAAGCCCAGGCUUUGACAGGAAGGGCCCAGGGCCUGGAAGGUGUCCCGGCAUGCCUGCUGCUGGCAUUCCACAUUCUCAGCUUCUCUCCCCCACCCUGCUGGUCACGCCGAGCCCGGCCACCGCCACCCUGUGCGUUCAGCCCCAGAACAACCCUCUCAGGCUGCCCUCCAGCCUGUGACACUGUUGCCUGCUAAUGGCUUCCUGUGGCUCCUAGAUCAAGCUCUUCCUGCAGCCCACCACACGCCGAUGACCGGGCCUGCCCUGCGUCAGCAACUGCCUCUCGCCCUUCUCAUGCCCGGUUCCCAGUGCCCCGGCCUGAGCCAGUCCCAUCUCCCGGGCAGCUGAGAGUCCAGCUCUCCGGUGUGCUCUUCCUGUGGUCUCUAUGCCCCUGAGACCCCAGCUCCAGUGUCCGCCCCUUGGAGGAGACACCCUCAGGGUCUCUGUCUUGCAUUGCCAUCCCUCACUGUCUGGUGUAGGUGGGUCUCCCUCUGUCUGUCUCUCUGUGCGGGCAGCAGGGCACGGGGCACAGCAUGGAAGCCGGGAGGCGUCCCCAGAUGGUGCAGGUGUGUGCACCACGCCCUCCUCUGUCACGUGCUCGGCUGAUUCCUGCAGACACAGCCUCUGUCCCACGGUCCCAGACAGACAGACAGACAGACGCCCGACAGCAUGGGGGACAGGGCUUCUCUGUCCCCGGCUUUGCCUCUCUCAGCCACGAACCACAGCUGAAUGGUGCUGUGUGUUGUUGAUGGCGGUGUUUUUAAGAUUUAUUUCUUGAUUUGAAAGUCAGAGUUACACAGAGAGGGAGAGACAGAGAGUAAGAUCGUCUAUCCACUGGUUCACUCUCCAAGUGGUCGCAAUGGCCAGGGCUGGAGUUAUUUUCAAGACUAGAGGCCAAGACUAGAGUUAUUUUCAUUGUUAACUCUACAAAUAAUGUUACAGAGAAAAGGCAACUACCCUUUCCACACACUGUAAGAAAGGCAUCAGCAGUAACAGUCUGUUAAUAAAUAUAAUACAAUAAUGCCAUUUGGCAUUAUGUUUGUUUAAAAACCAAUGUAUUUCCUGUUUGAGUCUGUGAGUUAGUUCCUGGUAAAACUUUCCACUAGAUUCCACUCUAAAAAAAUAAACUGCCUGUAGCUUCUAUCUUUUUGAAAAAAAGAAAAAUCCCCAUCUAAAAUAAAUUAAUACAUUCUUCAAAAAUAAAGAACAGUCUUCCCCAUUUCGUCUAGCUUGUCCAUAGUUCCCUGAAACCUGUUUUGGUCACAACAGCCAACUCUAAAAUAGGAUAUAAAUAGCCCUAGAAAAAAUACUAACCAUUCAUUUCUUUUACCAAAAAAAAAUAGUUACUAAUAUAACUCUGUUUAUUUUAUGAACAACCCAGGUGGUGUAAGAAAGGAACUGUUUUGAUGUUGGGAGUUAAUAAAUAAAAGGACUGAAGAAUUUUUUGUUCAGCUCUUCCCAGCUUAGCUACAAUGAAACAGAACAAAAUGUGUCACCUAUCUUUUUUAGCUUGGCAGGAACAA